AUAGGGAGGUAGUGUAAUCACAAAGCAGAGCUAAUAGCAGGGUAGGAACCAUCACACAACAGGGAAAUCCUUACUUACAUAGCAUCAAUAACAGACAAAAUCUACAUUUCACACACUUCCCUUCUCCAGAAGCCAUCCUCACUCACGCACACACGCAUAUAUCUUCAGACACACAGCUUGAGUCCAGUCCAGACCCCACAGUACAGCUCAGGUUAUCGGUGACCAGUCAUAAUGCCUACCGUGGGUAUUGCCAAGAUCCUCUUCUGUGUUCUGUUCCUCUACAGCUGCUGCCGAGUGACUCAGGGCCAGAUGGUGAUGGACUGCUGUCUGACGGUCAGUCAGAGAGAGAUACCUAGACACGUUGUCAUAGGUUACCAGCCUCAGGUCAGAGGUCAAGGCUGCUCCAUCAGCGCUGUGGUCUUCACUACCAGGAGGGGACUCAAGCUGUGUGCUCCCACUGACCCCACCUGGGUUACAGACCUGAUGAAUUUCAUGGACCGCCUCAUCAAGAAAUGCCACGAAAACAACUUCAAGGCUAAACACUGUAAGAAGCUGAUGCACAAGAGUCCCUAAGGUCCCUGCCAGAGCCUACCACCACCACCACCACCACCACCACCUCCACCUCCACCCCCACGGUCAAAACAACCAUGUCAGAGCCUGAGAAGUAUUCUUCAAGGAAUACCUAGGAUAGGAUAAAGUAAUCCUUCUCACCCCCCCCCCCCCCUUAAAUGAUUUAGAUGCACUAUUGUAAAGUGGCUGUUCCACUGGAUGUCAGAAGGUGAAUUCACCAAUUUGUAAGUCGCUCUGGAUAAGAGCGUCUGCUAAAUGACUUAAAUGUAAUGUAAAUGUAAGAACCUUCCAAGUGGGUGAAGAACAGGGUGGGAGAAGUAAAACAAUGACAAAAAAAGACAAAUGUGAUUCCUCUUACCACUAAUGCACUUUUUUAUUAAGUUUCCUUCUGUCUUCAGUCUUUUGUUUGUCCAAUAGACCGUCUUGCUUAAGAUACCAUGCUGUUUCUCAGUGGCACGUUCACGUAGAAGACGUUUUUCAUGUUAUUUUUAUGUGACAAAAUAUCGAAUGAUAAUAUAAAAAAAAAAAGGGUAGACUGGCUUUGACCCUUGACCCCACAUUUGAACUGACCCUUAAAGCUACAGUCUGUGAUUUCAAAAAGCAACAAAAUGGCAGAAGUAAUUGAAACGACCAGAUUCCUAGAUCCCAGACUGAUUUUGUCAAUCAAAUACAACUUUAUUAGUUACAUGCUUCAUGAACAGCUGUGUUCCAACAGUGAAAUUCUUACCAACACGUCAUAUUCCAACAACGCAGGAUAAAGAUAGAAAAAUAUAUAUAAUAUAAAAUCAGAAUCAGAAAUCAGAAUAAAUCAGGGGUUAGAGGUCAGGGGUCAAGGUGCUGGCAGCUGGUUAGAACACCCAUCUGCCUAAUCUAUACGUACAUCUCAGAUAAUGAAAUAUACAAUGUAUAUGACAAAUUCUUAUUUUUUCAUGGACCUUUUGUUUUUUCAAUAAAGACUUUGCCAAAUCAA